GCACCACGGAGACCGAUGAUCCAGCUGCUGCACGGAGGCGAGGACAUGGACUCAAGUAACGGUCAGCAGUGAGCCUUCCCCUGGGAGGGGGUGGGGGACCCUCAAAGUUCGCCGGAACUCGCCAUGUCCAGGAGCCUGAAACGGAGGACCCACCACUGGAGCAACAGAGUCCACGAAAGUGUCCUCGGCCGGAACGCAGAGUGGCAGCUGGCCGCGCUGGAGCUGCUGAGCGGCGGCGCGGAGCACGGGCACUUCCCAAUCGUGGGCGAGCUUCCCCCGGGUGGAGCGCCGUGCCUCUCCGGCAGCCUACGUCCCGGAGAGCUGCUGCUGGAGGUCAACGACACGCCGGUGGCCGGGCUCACCAGCCGGGAUGUGAUGGCGGUGGUGAGGCACAGCAAAGAGCCCGUCAGACUCAAGUGUGUCAAACAAGGAGGUGUGAUCGACAAGGACCUGUGCCGCUACCUCAACCUGCGUUUCCAGAAAGGCUCGGUGGACCACGAGUUGCAGCAGAUCAUCCGGGACAACCUCUACCUCCGCACCAUCCCCUGCACCACCAGGCACCCCAAGGAAGGAGAUGUCCCCGGGGUGGACUAUAAUUUCGUAAGCGUCCGGCGCUUUAUGGAAUUGGAGAAAAGUGGAGCCUUGCUUGAGAGUGGAACCUAUGAAGAUAACUUUUACGGCACGCCCAAGCCUCCCGUCGAGCCUGCUGCGCCGUCGCUAAAUGUAACGGAGCGGCUGCUGCUGCUACCGGGCGCCAGACCCAGCUCGGAGGGCAAGCGCAAGCGCAACAAGUCGGUCAGCGACAUGGAGAAGGCCAGCGUCGAGCCCCCGGAGGAGGAGGAAGAGGAGAGGGCCGCCGCUGUCAUCGUCAACGGCAACGGCAUCGCCCUCACGCCAGAGUCGAGCGAACAUGAGGACAAGAGCCCCCCCGGCGACGCUUUGGCCGACGCCCCGGCCGAGGCGGACCCCGGCCGCUCCCCGAAAAGCGGCGUCCUCCCCAAGCUGGAGGAGAGCGAGGAUCUGGGCCCGCUACCCGACAACUGGGAGAUGGCGUACACGGAGAAAGGAGAAGUCUACUUCAUCGACCACAACACGAAGACCACGUCGUGGUUGGACCCGAGGCUCGCCAAGAAGGCCAAGCCGCCCGAGGAGUGCAAAGAGGACGAGCUUCCGUAUGGCUGGGAGAAAAUCGACGACCCCAUUUACGGCAGCUACUAUGUGGACCACAUAAACAGGAGGACCCAGUUUGAGAAUCCGGUUCUGGAGGCCAAGAGGCGACUCCAGCAGGAGCAGCAGAUGCAAAGUCAGGGGCUCUCCUCGCUCCCGCUUCCCGCCAUCUUCAGAGUACAAGAUGGCGGCCCCCGUGCCACCCUCCCCAGAUCCGCCGCCGCCCACCCGGGCCUGGCGCCGGAGCGCUGCCGCAGCCUGACCGAUCUGUCGUCCCGCUCGCCGCCCGCGGCACGGCGCCCGGCCUCACCUUUCACCGCCGCCGACGUCUCCCCGUUGCGCCACGUGCUGACCCGGCGGAUCAACAUGAGCCCCCGCCACCACCAUCACCACCACCACCGCCGCCACCCGCAUGCCCACCGUAGCCCCUCUCCUUUGUGCCGUUUCGUCAAGAAGCCGCUGUUCACGCGUGACCCCACGCAGCUGAAAGGCAGCUUCCUGUCCACGGCGCUGCACAAGAGCAACAUGGGCUUCGGCUUCACCAUCAUCGGCGGCGACGAGCCCGACGAGUUCCUGCAGGUGAAGAGCGUCAUACCCGACGGGCCGGCCGCCGCCGACGCCAAGAUGGCCACAGGUGACGUGAUCGUAUACAUCGAUGACGUGUGCGUGCUGGGCACCACCCACGCCGACGUGGUCAAACUCUUCCAGUCGGUGCCCAUCGGGCAGAGCGUGACGCUGGUGCUGUGUCGCGGUUACCCGCUGCCCUACGAGCCCGACGACAACGACGCCAACAGCGCCGCCAUCAUCUCCCCGCUGGGCAUCGUGGAGCAGCGCCCACUGAUGGCGAACGGGCGCCCCGGUUACGACAACUACCUGGACUACAUCUCCCGCACGGCCCGGUUCGCCCCGGACGCGAGUCAGGAUCACCAGCGGCCGCUGGACGCCCACCUGGACACCCCGGACGGCGUCUCGGUGGCAUCUCAAGGCGAGUUGCUGACGCUGACCCUGGUGAAGGGCGCCGACGGCUUCGGGUUCACCAUCGCCGACGGCGCCGCGGGGCAGCGCGUCAAGCAGGUUCUGGAGUCCGGGGGGUGCCCGGGGGUCAGCGAGGGCGACCUGAUCGUGGAGAUCAACAAGCAGGCGGUGCUGGGCUUCACGCACGCCCAAGUGGUGGAGAUGCUCAAGGAGUGCGCCGUGGGCACCGAGACGUGUCUGGUGGUGCAGAGACCCGCGCCAGGUCACUUUUCGCCGCGGAAGAGCUGCAAGCAGGUGUCGGAGCGGCGGGAGACCCCCCGGGGCCCGAGCAGCCCGGCUCGGACCUGCCUGUCGGCCCCCGUUAUGUCCCGCGGCGCCCCCUACCCGAACCGCAACCACCACCUGAAACGGCAGCACCAACUCCUCCACAGAGCCUCGGUGCCGGACCCGGCCCCCGAGGCUCUGACGCUGUCCGAAGCCGAGCCGUUGGGCCUGUAUGAGAAGUCCGGGACGAUCUUUGAGAGUAGGCAAUCGGGCCCCCCGAGGACGACGUUUCCCGCAGAUUCCUCCUCGGGUAGAGUACCUCCCGUCAAUUCAAAACGGACGCUCCGUCCGCGGGCCGCUAAUGCCGCCGCGUGCCAUUGUCACCCGGCAGGGUCGGAGUACCAGGACAUGGAGGUGAACUUGCGGCGGCAGAAGUCCGGCUUCGGGUUCAGGGUCCUGGGCGGGGACGAGGCGGGCCAGCCUGUGAGUCCGGAGACACGUGAGAAGAUCUUGAUCGGCGCCAUCAUCGAGAAGAGCCCGGCGGACCUGGACGGGCGUCUGCGGCCCGGCGACGAGCUCCUCUUCGUGGACGGCGUUCCCGUGGUGGGCAAGCCGCAUCGCUACGUCAUCGACCUGAUGCACGGAGCGGCGCGCAACGGACAGGUCAACAUGGUCAUCCGGAGGCGGAGGCAGGGCCCAGGCGACUCCUGUCAGGAGAACGGCCGCCGCUCGGGCUCGGUUUCCACGCAGCACAGCUCGCCGCGCAGCGACCUGACGUACGCCAACAGCGCCGGCGGGGCCGCCCCCGCCGACGGGGGGUCGCCCGCGACCGCCCGACCCAGCGACGUCCUCAUCCACCGGAAGGAGAGCGAAGGCUUCGGGUUCGUCAUCAUCAGCUCGCUCAACCGGCCCGAGGCGCCCUCCGCCAACCCGGUGCCGCACAGGAUCGGGCGCAUCAUCGAGGGCAGCCCGGCCGACCGCUGCGCCAAGAUGAAGGUGGGCGAUCGCAUCCUGGCCGUCAACGGCCAGUCCAUCGUCAACAUGCCGCACGGCGACAUCGUCAAGCUCAUCAAGGACGCCGGCCUCAGCGUCACCCUGAGGAUGAUCCCGCAGGAAGCGGAAGUGAGCCACCCGCCGUCGGCGCCCACCCCGGAGAAGCAGAGCCCGCUGGCGCAGCAGCGGAGUCCCAAGACGCAGCUCCCCUCUGCCGUCAGCUCGCAGCCCGGCCCGGGCGCCCCCGAGUCGGGCCGGUCCGACGCCGAAGCCCACCGCGGCCCCGGCAGCGGCCAGCUGCCUGCACCCCCGACGCAGACGUACACCAACGAGGGGAGUUACAGAUCAGAGGUGAAAGCCCGGCAGGACGUGAAACCGGACGUCCGCCAGCCGCCGUUCACCGACUACCGUCAGCCGCCCGUGGACUACCGGCACCCCCCUGUGGCCGACUACCGCCAGCCGCCCACGCCGGACUACCGGCACCCGCCCCUCUUGGACUACCGGCCGCAGUUCGCCAUCCCGGACUACCGGGUGCCGCCGGUGCAGCUCUCGCAGGACUUCGACUUCUUCACGGUGGAGCUGGAGAAGAGCGUCAAGGGUUUCGGCUUCAGCAUCCGCGGAGGUCGGGAGUACAAGAUGGAUCUGUUUGUCCUCAGGCUGGCGGAGGACGGCCCGGCGUUACGCAACGGCAGGAUGAGGGUGGGCGACCAGAUCAUCGAGAUCAACGGCGAGAGCACGUGGGACAUGACGCACGGCCGCGCCAUCGAGCUGAUCAAGUCGGGCGGCAGGCGGGUGCGCCUCCUCUUAAAGCGGGGCACGGGCCAGGUCCCCGAGUACGGAAUGGUAUCUUCCGCUCACUCCAUGUGCAUGAAAAGUGACACGCAUGGCGCCCCCUAUUUCGUCCUCAUGGGGCACCCCAAGGACACGGUUUGUGACCGAGCCAAAUCUUCUUCUUCUCCUCACUCACUGUCGUGUGGUGUGUGUUCCUAACAUUUUGAACCUCUUCCGAAGCCAAAUAAUAUGAGAAAACGAGCUCUCGCUGUGCUUAUUUGCAUACCAAACAGUUAUGCAAAUCAUGUUUGUUUUUUUUGUUUGUACUUUAGCGCACUAAUGCUAUGCACUUGUGUGGUGUUACGUCAUCACGUGUGUGUUUUUGUGCAUCCAGCAAAAGACAACAAAAAAGGAGCUUUUUUUUGGACAUAAGUAUUGCGACACACCUUUUUGAAUCAUCCAUCCAUGCAUUUUCUGUACCGCUUUAUCCUCACAAGGGCCGCGGGCGCGCUGGAGCGAGAGGCGGGCUACACCCUGAACUGGUCGCCAGCCAAUCGCAGGGCACAUAUAAACAAACAACCAUUUGCGCACACAUUCACAGCGAGGAGCAACUUAGAGGUCUUCAGUUAACCGAGCACGCAUGUUUUUGGGAUGUGGGAGGAAAGCGGAGUCCCCGGAGAAAAGCCACGCAGGCACGGGGAGAACAUGCAAACUCCACACAGGCGGGGCCGGGAUUUGAACCCCGGUCCUCAGAACUGUGAGGCAGACGUGCUCACCAGUCACCCACCGUGCCGCCCCUUUUUGAAUCAAUUCAUUUAAAAUUACUAAUUGUGCCCUGAGCUUAAUUCUUCCUUUCGGACAAUUAUGUGUGUCGUUGACUCCGACACAUUCCAGAAUCGUUUCGCGUGUUGAUUGAGUGCUGCGUGUCCCAAUACUUUUGUCCACAUCUUUUCAGUGCAGCCUGUAAAAAGGUCGGUGUCCGCUGUUAAAUGGUGUUGGAGUUGCCAUGGUAACCAUUGGGUUUAUUAAGCAUGCUGCAUGUCAACAUGUUGUAAAAGCGGACCCGAUUUUAGAAAAAUAAUGACAGGACAAAAAUUAAAAUUGAAAGGCCGCAUACAGACAACUCCUUUGGUAAUGUGUGUUUACACGUCAAAGAAAGCGCCAGAGUGUCAAACAUUUGCGCAGUCACCUUUAGUUUAAGCUUCAAGGAGACACAGGUGUGUACAGCCUUGCUUGUGCUCAAACUUAUUGAUGCUAAUGUUCGCGUUGAUGUCGCCGCCGCCGCCGCCGCAUGCCUUUGAAGUAGUGCUGAAGCGAUGAAUUGAAUGAGCAACAACAAGUGUUUGUUUAGUGGUGCGAAAUCAAUUUUGAUCUGAUGAAUCGAUGGGAUCGUCAGGACUUAGUAGUGCUUCCCUGCGGCAUGCGUUGAAUUUUCACGGCACGCCGGGUGUCGCGGUGGCAUGCUUCCGUGGUGGCGGUCCGCUCUUUUUCGCCGUUCCUGACCCGUCGUCCGUGCCGCGUCUCUUCCAGACGAUGGCGCCUCACGGGACGCUCGCCCUUCAGCCUCUCCAAGCCUGCCGGAAGUAGCCGCGGCGCCGGCGGCGAGCGUCGGGAGAGACGGCGG